ACCAAUUCUGCAUAACAAACAAACUCACCUUUAUUCUCAAUUCUUAUUAUGGCUAGGCAAUCACCUACCUCUUCAUUUUCCUAUGAAUUCACUUACCAAGUAUUCCUCAGUUUCAGGGGCACUGACACUCGCUAUGGUUUUACUGGAAAUCUCUAUAAGGCUCUCACCGACAAAGGAAUCAACACCUUCAUUGAUGACAAUAAUCUUCAAAGAGGAGAUGAAAUCACACCAUCACUCAUAAAGGCCAUUCAAGAGUCUAGGAUUUUCAUUCCUGUGUUUUCUAUAGAUUAUGCCUCUUCAUCAUUUUGUUUGGAUGAACUUGUCCAAAUCAUUCAUUGCUUCAAGUCAAAGGGUCGUCUAGUUUUGCCUGUUUUCUAUGGGGUGGAACCUACUCAGGUGCGCCAUUGGAGUGGAAGUUAUGGCGAAGCAUUGGCCAAGCAUGAAGAGAGGUUCCAAAAUAACAAGCAAAACAUGGAGCGGUUGCACCAAUGGAAGAUAGCUCUUAACCAAGCUGCUAACUUCUCCGGCUACCACUUUAGUUCAGGAUAUGAAUUCAAGUUUAUCACGGAAAUAGUCGAAUACAUCUCUACCAAGAUCAAUCGCGUUCCUUUACACAUUGCUGAUUACCCUGUUGGAUUACAGUCCCGAGUACAACAUGUCAAAUCGCUACUUGAUAAGGGAUCUGAUGAAGGGGUCUACAUGGUAGGACUCUAUGGUACCGGAGGCUUGGGCAAAUCCACACUUGCAAAAGCAAUAUAUAAUCUUAUUGCUGAUCAAUUUGAAGGUUUGUGUUUCCUUCAUAAUGUGAGAGAGAACUCAACUAAAAAUAACUUGAAACAUCUCCAGGAGGAGCUCCUUUUGAAAACAAUUGGCUUGGAAGUUAAGUUAGGAGAUGUUAGUGAGGGAGUUCCAAUCAUAAAGGAAAGGUUGUGUGGAAAGAAGAUUCUUUUGAUUCUCGAUGAUGUUGACAAUAUCAAACAACUGCAAGUUUUGGCUGGAGGACUUGAUUGGUUUGGUCGUGGAACUCGAGUCAUUGUUACCACUCGAGAUAAGUACUUAUUAACUAGUCACAAGAUAGAAAGCGUGUACGAAAUGGAAGGGCUAUAUGGGAUAGAAGCUCUUGAAUUGUUGAGGUGGAUGGCUUUUAAAAAUAGCCAAGUUCCUUCAAGUUAUGAAGAAAUUUUAAUCCGUGCAGUUACAUAUACUUCGGGACAUCCCUUAGCCAUAGAAAUAAUCGGCUCCAAUUUAUUUCGAAAGAGCAUAGAAGAAUGGAAGAAUACAUUAGAGGGGUAUGAAAAGAUUCCCAAUAAAGAGAUCCAAAAGAUACUUCGAAUAAGCUAUGAUGCUUUGGAGGAAGAGGAACAAAGUGUUUUUCUAGACAUUGCUUGUUGUUUCAAAGGGAAUAGAUGGGUGGAGGUCGAUGUUAGGAGUAAAUUAAUGGUAAAUUCAUGUGUUAAUAUAAGUGAUUUCUUCUCUAAACCAAUGCAAAAAUGUGAUGAAUCCAUAGGUUUUUAUUAAGAAUUGAACUGAAUAAGUUUAGUUCGUGCGUAAAGCAAAUCGAAUCACUUGUGGGUGUUAUUGUUGCAGGUUUUGAGCUGAAUAAGAACUUAAGAAGAACAUGAGGAGGAAAGAAAGCUGGAAGUCUCAAAGGCUGAAGAAAAAGAUGGAAAGUACAAAGGGCGCGCCGCGAGAGUUCCUAGGCGCGCCGCGAAAAUACUUCUGUUUGAGGGGCGCGCCGCGCCAGCCCGUUGCCGCGCCGCGGCCUCGGCGUUAAAAGCCCAAAAGUUCUGUUUUAAAGCCCUAGUUUCCAAGUGGUUAGAUAUACUUUGUGGGAGCGAAAUUAGGAGAGCUAUCUGAUUCUGAAGCUGAGAACAACAAUUGAAGGUGGAUUCUUUACCAAUCGAAGACAUUCUAUUGAUGAAGAUGAAUUCCUCCAUUGAUUCUUGUAUGUUCUUCAUGUCUAUGGAGAGCUAAAUCCCUCUUGUUGAGUCUAAGGUAGUAGUUAACCUAUGAAUAUACAUUACCAUUGAUUAAUCCCUGUGAACAAUUGUUUGAAUUUAUUAUCAAUAAGAAACCUUGCUUUUAAUUUACAUUAUUGUUGAAUCUUUGAUCGAAAGAAAGGAUUUAACUUUUGCCCUAGGUUACUAUAUUGAUUCAAUUGCAAUUUGCAGAGAUGAAAUUGUAAUUGGGUUUUCAUAAUUAUCGUUCUUAAUUACUAUUAUCGUUAUUGUGAUUUGGAUAGAUCGAAUCUCAUACCGGUAAAAGUUAUCUAAUUUGAUUUGCAGACAUGGAAUCUUAUUUGAGGAUAAGUGAAGAUAAUG